CAAUGUAACUUCUUAAGUACCAGAUAUUGAUCAAAGACAAGCAAAUCAAACCAUGGCAUCACAUGAUCAAGAAAGCUUCUUAAGAGCCAUGCAAAUAACGAAUUCCUCUGUUGUCGACGGGGUGCUGAUUAGCCUGAUUGAACUUAAUGUCUUUGACAUUAUGAUGCAAACAGCAGGUGUUAAUGGCUAUCUCCAUCCUGAUGAAAUUGCACUAAAACUUCCUACAAAACACCCUAAAACCUCAGAAAUGCUUGAUCGCAUGCUCCGCCUUUUGGCAAGCCACUCCAUCAUCAAAUGCAUUCAUGUAAAAAAUACUGACAAGUCUUUGCUGACUAGAUCAUAUGGCUUAACGUCUAUUUCUCGAUACUUUGUUUCUACUAAAGCUGGACCUUGUCUUGCCCCUUACCUCCAGUUGAUUCAUCACAAGGAGAUGCAGAGUUGUUGGGAAAAAGUGAAAGAUGCAGUUCUUGAAGGAGGGAAUCCAUUCGAUAAGGCUCACGAGGGGAUCUCUUUUUUUGACUAUUUAGAAAAAGAUAAACAACUCGGAGGACUUCUGAGCCAGGCAAUGGAUAAGUCUAUUUCUACCUCCAUGAGCAUACUUCUUCAAGUGUACAAUGGAUUUGAUGGAGUAAAAGAGGUGGUUGAUGUUGGGGGUGCACAUGGUGCAACUUUGAAUUGUAUUGUUUCUAUGAACCCUCGUCUCAAGGGGAUUAAUUUUGAUCUACCUCAUGUGGUUAAGCAUGCAUCUCCAUUGCCAGGUAUUGAUCAUGUGGGAGGAGACAUGUUUGAAGCUGUUCCCAAAGGAGAAGUUGUGCUGCUUCAAAGGGUACUGCAUGACUGGACCGACGAAGAAAGCGUGAAGAUAUUAAAGAAAUGUUACGAAGCUAUCCCAGAUCACGGCAAGGUGGUUAUAAUGGAGAUGAUACUGACAGAGAUGCCAGAAGAUAAUGUGAUUGCGAAGAAUACAUCUCAAGUGGAUAUACGCAUGAUGCUAUAUACCUCAGGAGGAAAAGAGAGGACUGUUCGAGAGUUCCAAAUGCUGGGAAAAGAAGCUGGAUUUGCAGGCUCUAAAUAUGCUUGUGGUGCAGAUCUAUAUGGGGUGGUUGAGUUGUUCAAGAAAAUGUGAAAUUCUUGUGCUUUAUUUGAGGAAAUAAUUGUGUUUAAGAUGCAACUUUUUUUUUUUUUUGUCACAGUGUUUAAGAUGCAACUUGGUUUCUCAUGGUUGCACUAAUAAUUUGGAGACUUGGUCUCCCGCGUGUAUUUCUGGACCAAUCAUAUGGACCUCUUUUUUAAUUAAUUGAAUAAUACUCCCUCCAUCCCAUUUUAAGUGUC